AUGGAGGCGGCAGGAGCGUUGGCCAGCUUGGCACCGUCACCCAUUACCGUAUUGGGUCUGAUACCACUCCUGGCACUCGGGAUCACGUACUUCAGAUACCAGCAAUUCGACCCGGAGUCUUUCAUUACCGAAGUCAAUGCUGUAUUGCCAAUCUACGAUUUUGUGAUAGUCGGCGGAGGUUCCGCUGGAGCAGUGGUGGCAUCGCGGCUAUCCGAGAUCGGUAACUGGACAGUCUUGUUGCUGGAAGCCGGUCAGGAUGAAACGGAGAUAUCAGACAUCCCAGCUCUCGCGGGCUAUACGCAGCUUUCAGAUAUUGACUGGAAGUUCCAGACUACACCCUCUAACAACCGCUCCUACUGCCUCGCUAUGAACGGUGAUCGCUGCAACUGGCCCAGAGGGAAGGUACUGGGCGGCUGUAGUGUACUCAAUGCCAUGGUUUACGUAAGGGGCAAUCGCAACGACUACGACUUAUGGGAAGCUCUCGGUAAUCCGGGUUGGUCCUACGAUCAGGUUUUACCAUACUUUCUCAAAUCAGAAGACAAUCGGAACCCGUAUUUAGUAAAUACACCUUAUCAUGCAGCUGGUGGUUAUCUUACAGUUCAAGAAGCACCUUGGCGUACACCGUUAUCUGUCACUUUUUUAAAAGGUGGCAUGGAAUUAGGUUACGAGAACCGUGACAUAAACGGUGCGAUGCAAACUGGCUUUAUGUUGACCCAAGCAACAAUGAGGCGGGGAAGCCGCUGUAGUACAGCCAAGGCAUUCCUUAGACCUGUCCGACAGAGAAGUAAUUUACACAUUGCUUUAGGUGCUCAAGUUACACGGAUCCUCAUCAAUACAGUUAAGAAACAAGCAUACGGAGUAGAAUUUUACCGACAUGGUCAAAGACACAAAGUUAGAAUUAAAAGAGAGGUCAUAAUGUCGGCUGGAGCCUUAGCAACACCUAAGAUAAUGAUGUUAAGUGGCAUAGGUCCCGCAGAUCACCUAAGGGAACAUGAUAUUCCUCUAGUAGCCAAUUUAAAAGUAGGACACAAUCUACAGGAUCAUGUUGGUCUUGGUGGUUUGACUUUUGUAGUUAACAAACCAGUGACAUUCAAAAAAGAUCGUUUUCAAACAUUCCAAGUAGCUAUGAACUACAUAUUGUAUGAAAAAGGGCCUAUGACGUCACAAGGCGUAGAAGGCCUUGCCUUCGUCAAUACUAAAUAUGCACCCACUUCAGGAAACUGGCCGGACAUACAGUUCCAUUUCGCACCUAGUUCAGUUAACUCAGACGGAGGAGAACAGAUAAGGAAAAUAUUGAACUUACGUGAUAGGGUGUAUAAUACUGUAUACAAGCCGAUAGAAGAUGGUGAAACCUGGACCAUAUUGCCCUUGCUAUUACGGCCUAAGAGUUCUGGUUGGAUUAAAUUGAAGAGUCGUAAUCCUUUCCAGGCACCUUCCAUUGAGCCUAAUUAUUUUGCAUACAAAGAAGAUAUACAAGUUCUGACGGAAGGAAUAAAAAUCGCAUUUGCUUUGUCAAACACGACAGCAUUCCAGAGAUAUGGAUCUCGGCCUCACAAUAUUCCUCUGCCAGGAUGUCAGCAUCAUGUAUUGUUUAGUGACGAAUAUUGGGAGUGUAGCUUGAAGCACUUUACUUUCACGAUUUACCAUCCCACUGGUACGUGUAAGAUGGGUCCAAAGCAUGAUCAGAAUGCUGUAGUAGAUCCAAGAUUGCGUGUGCAUGGUGUUGCUAAUCUUAGAGUGGUUGACGCAAGCAUAAUGCCCACAAUUGUAAGUGGCAAUCCCAACGCUCCUGUAAUUAUGAUUGCUGAGAAGGCAUCAGAUAUGAUUAAAGAGGACUGGCUUGUAUUAUGA